AAGUAAAUCUUGAUGACUUUCUAUUGCCAGAAAAAAUAGAAGAUACUACCAAUCCUAUUUUAACCUUAGAAUCAGAAAUAGAAAACACUACCGAUUUUAAUUCGACUCCAAUGACUAAAAGUUUAACCAACCCAUUUAUUGGUAGAACUUGGAAAACCCAAGUAGACAAAAUGUUAACCCAACUCGCUACUCUUGACCGAAUCAGAAAAGACCUCAACCAAAAGAUUCAGACAUAUUACUAUCUCAGAAAACUUCUUGACCAACAUGCAGACCCAGCCAUGAUAAAAGACUUUAUCGAAAGAAAACAAGGCAAAAGAAAAGCCAAAGACACUUGGCAUG